CGUCCGCGCUCAAUAAAACCUUCUCCAAAGCGUGUUUGUGCGAUUGUCUGGACCACGGUCGCGUAGAACCGGCUCUCACGUGAAAAAAAAAAUCUUUGACUUCUCGUUUUCUGACUUCAGCGACAAUCCUGCUCCGGGUGCCCUUAGCCCAGUUUCAUUCAUCCAAGUUGUGGCCUUUUUUGCGCCUUCCGGAAGAAAUUUGGCUCCCUCUGCUUUUGAUUGCUGUUGAGGUAGAGGAUUUCAGGUUUGGAGGGAUGUUAAGCGAUCCUGCAGUCCGUUCACUCCAGGUAACGCUGUGGCCGAGGACAGGGACCCGCGGCCCGGAGGCAGCUCUUCGUUCUCUGUUCUGGGUCAGGUACUCCUCAAGCCGUCGCCGAAAUCCCCAUUCUUCCGUGAAUUCGCCAGAGACCGCUGCUGCUUUGAAGCGUACACUAGAAACCCUGAUGGACAGAGGGGCUGUGGUGAGGAACUUGGAGAACCUGGGCGAGCGUGCGCUUCCUUACAGGAUCUCCGCCCACAGUCAGCGGCACACCAGGGGAGGGUAUUUCUUGGUGGAUUUUUACGCACCGACAACAACUGUUGAAGGCAUAAUGGAGCACUUGUCUCGAGACAUUGAUGUGAUUAGACCAAAUAUUGUAAAACACCCUCUGACCCAGGAAGUGAAAGAGUGUGAAGGGAUCGUCCCAGUCCCACUUGAAGAAAAGCUGUAUUCCACCAAGAAGAGGAAGUGAGAAGAUUCACCAGAUUUUAGCCUUCUAUUUAAUUCUCUCACUUUUGAGCACCAUGGAUUAAUAACUUACCACCUUGAUCUUUAUGUAAGAGGGUGCUUUCAGUGCCCUUUGAUUUUCUAAGGUACUUUUAGUUCUUGGUCCCCUUUGCUGUGAGAAGUCGGGGAAUGGCCUCCUUAGAGCCACUUUGUAAUAUAUGGCAUCAGCGCUCCCUGCUCGACUGCGUUUCACGAAUGUAAUUUGUCAGUGAGGACUUUGCCCUGCAGCAGCACUAACACCGCUUUGAAGAGCAAAGAUUAUAAAAACCACUUUGGAUUGCACGCUAGUCAUUCAGACUGUAUACCACCAUGCAAAAUAAAAUUUUAAGACCAUCGUAUUAUAUGAGUAACUUUU